UCCGCGCUCUGCUGGAGGUGUGUUUCUGUGUUUGCGGGUGUUGUCCUCGUGCGCGCGGCAGGUCGUCCAUCCAGGUGUGCGUCCGCCGCUCCGUGCUGCUCCAGCUCCUUCAUGGCCAGAAGACCCGCAGAUGUGCGCCUAGGAUGGGUCCCGCACCGACCCCCCGCGGACCGCCAUGGCUUUUAGCCGCGUGCGUAAAGUGGACAUCCUCCGGACGGCGGCGGUCAUGCUGGGCUCCCUGCUCGCCUCCCUGCUCCUGCUGCACCUCCUCACCGGCCGCUGCACCUCCGCCGGGCCGCUGAGGACCCGGCGGCUGGUGUCCGGGUCGGACCCGGGCGGGUACGGCGCGGGGAGACGCGCGUCUCGGGUCCUGGCGGACGAGCGCGCACGGCGCGUCAUGGAGGCGCCCCCUCCGGGGGUGGAGGCGGCCCGGAAAGUGUCGCCCAGGUUCGCAGGUAAAGUGAGCCCGCUCGGGGAGGGCAGCAAGCAGCUGCCGCAGGCGCUGAUCAUCGGGGUGAAGAAAGGAGGAACCCGGGCUCUGCUGGAGUUCCUGCGCGUGCACCCGGACAUCAGGGCCGUGGGCGCGGAGCCGCACUUCUUCGACCGCAACUACGACAACGGCCUGGACUGGUACAGGGAGCUGAUGCCGAAGACCCUGGAGGGCCAGAUCACCAUGGAGAAGACCCCCAGCUACUUCGUGACCAGGGAGGCUCCGGCCAGGAUCUCGGCCAUGUCCCGGGACACCAAGGUGAUCGUGGUGGUGAGGGACCCGGUCACCAGAGCCAUCUCGGACUACACGCAGACGCUGUCCAAGAAGCCCGACAUCCCCUCUUUCGAGAGCCUCACCUUCAAAAACAGGACUACGGGGCUCAUCGACACCUCGUGGAGCGCCAUCCAGAUCGGCAUCUACGCCAAGCACCUGGACAACUGGCUGCAGUACUUCCCCAUGGAGCAGAUCCUGUUCGUGAGCGGCGAGCGCCUGAUCAGCGACCCGGCCGGAGAGCUGGGCCGCGUGCAGGACUUCCUGGGGCUCAAGAGGAUCAUCACGGACAAACACUUCUACUUCAACCAGACCAAGGGAUUCCCGUGCCUCAAGAAAGCGGAAGGCAGCAGCAAGCCCCACUGCCUGGGGAAAACCAAAGGACGGACCCACCCAGACAUCGACCCGGAGGUGGUGCAGAGGCUGCGGGACUUCUACCGGCCCUUCAACAUGAAGUUCUACCAGAUGACGGGACGCUUCUUCGGCUGGGAUGAUUGAACGUUUCCUCAUCUUCCACAGAAGAGACGCUCCGUCGCGCCGCGGCAGACUCCCGGAGUCUCACUCCGCUGAACGGAAAGCUCCGAGUUUGGGAAUAAAGUUGUUCACUGUUAUGAAAAUAGAGUCAACAUUCAGUUUUAUAGACCAGGAGUGUCCAACUGAUUUCACUUCAGGGCCACAUACGGUGGGAUUUGAGCUCAAGUGGGUCAGAAUGAUAAAUAAUAGCAUAAAAAUAUGGAAAUAACUACAACUACGAAUAUGUAUUAAAUACAUAUUGAUAUAUUAUUAAAUUCUGAUUUAUUGAACCAUCCAGUCAGAAUAACUUUAACGUCAUAUUUUCUGACAUCCAACAAAUUUCAUUUUAUGGCCCGUACUAGGCUCUCUGGUGGGCCGGUUCUGGUCCACAGGCUGUAUGUUUGACACCCCUGGUCUUUUGAGAAUACAACUGGAAAUAAGUCACACUAUUCAAAUGGCUCUGGAAUAUUUGGGAAAAAAGUUUAAUCUUCAUGAAUAACCUCAACUUGCCAGUAAAAUGUAAUCAGGAAUAGUUUGAACAAAUAUACCUCAUUUAAUCUAAGUAAUGUCAUAUUUUAGAACUAUUGAUCUAUUGUGUUAUCAUAAAAAAAUACUCAUUACAUUAAGAGUAAUUAUUGUAAAUAAAUGACGUUUUAUUUAUUUUGUUGUAUAUCUUUGUUGAAUUUUACAUAAAGGAAGUUUAUCUCAAAGAUAGGUAUACUUUUGUACAUAAGAAUUAUAUUAUGCUACACCUGAAGCAUUGUAAAAUAGAAAAAAAAAGAUUUUUUUCCACCAAUAUUUAAAUUUUAUUACUUUUCUCUUUUGAAAGUAUUCAUUUGGAAGAGUUUUGACUUAUCCUAGAAGAAAUGACAAAGAGAAAACUUUAUUUUCAUAACACUGAGACUUUCUGCUCAAACUUUCAACAUUUUCCUCGUUCACCUGUUUUCCUCCUGAACAGUGUUCCUGCAUCUCCGUCACCAGUCCGCAGCAUUAUGCAGCUUUUUACAGGAAGAUAUGCAAUAUUUCUCUGGUUUACUCACACAGUGUCGCCUGCGUUCUGUCUCGAUGCUGUCCUUGGGGAAACGUCGGCCUCGGGUCUGCCUGCACCGUCUGUGUCGAGUCGGUCGAAGUAAAGAUUGCGUUCCGUUUCUCUCCACGAGGCUGAAGUCACACUGUGUCCGGCGGAUUUUGAUAAAAACUUGUUGAUGCCAUAUUCCAAACGGACGCGGCUGCUUUUAAAUCCAACCUUUUUCUAGUGGAGAAAAACCAUGAAAAGAUGAGAAAUUUAUGUAUUUUUGAAAUGUAUUUAUUCAAGAAGUAUGCAAGCAGGUGCGUGUUUGCAUCUGGACGAGUUUGUUUUCUGUUCGUUUUAAUGUUGAAACGUGCGUCGCGGGAAGACUCGUCUCCGCUUUCGGCUCCAGAGCCGGUGGCUGUUAUUUCAGGGGUCGUUUCCCCCAAAACCGCCGGCUAAUGAAGCCGGAGGUAAAGACGGCGCUCGCCGUGAUCCGGGCAGCGUGGAGCGAAACAUGAAAAGGCCUUCCUGAACCGGGACUCAGAUUUCCUCAACAUGCCUCCUUGUGAACUGAACACACUCCGUGUCACCGGCCUUCCUUUGCCUCCGGCAGCGUGUGUGUGUGUGUGUGUGUGUGUGUGCGGACGUUUGUUUUCAAACCCAGGGAGCAUGAGAACAAUGUCGGAGUUGUCUUCCUAAUUUCUGCCUCCUUGUGUCGUUAAGCCACUUUCUGAAAGCAGAUGUGCCUCGAAAGAUACACAAUCAAGUGUUUUAUUGCUUUGAGCAUCAGAAAAGAACCUUUUUUUUCUUUUGUUUGGCGGGGGUUUAUGUAACCGAUCUAACGAUGCUGU